UCGCGAGUCCUGCUAGCCAGUGCAGAGGGUCGGAAACGCGUGCGAGAGGACGCUCGGUCUCUUCUCUUUGUUCUUCACCGUCGUUUUCCUUCCUUCUCCUCCGUUGUCCUCUUAUCCUUCUCGGUCUGUGGGCCCGUAGACGCGGUUGAGGUCCACAGUUUUCACGGGUGGUGUACUGAGAGCAAGAAGCAGCGGCGGCGAAGCAAGCAAAAGCCGAACCGUGCGAACGAGGCGAAGGAAGGAAGGCCAAACGCGAUCGUACCUAUUCGUAACUGGUGCGCGGCGCCCGUUUCGUAUCAGUCGCGGCGCUGAUCGUCGUGCCAUUCAGGCUGUGCCCGAGAGCGAAGUGAGGCCGCGAAACGGGUCACGCCGGUGUGUGUUCGUCACGGCUGAACGCGAGCGAACGGGGGUCCGGGAGAGUCACGGGUCAACGGGGGCUUGAGCUGCGCACCAGGACUUUUCAGAUGGACCAACCCCGCCGGCCCAGGAGGGACGUCAUGCCAGAUGGACGGUGUCUGAUCGUUGUUUUGGCGGCGAUCGCCUUGACCGAUGCUGCCUCCAUCGGGCUUGCCACAUCCAAGGCCAGGGACUGCAAUAGCUCGAUCUACUGUGAGGGUCUAUUGUUGAAAACGGUGCAGCUCUCCGGUAUCUAUUCUGAUAGCAAAUUCUUCGUGGAUCUCCACCAGCUACAGGAUCCUAAUGUGACACUUGCCAACUUCUACGAUCUGAUGAACGCAACGAAUGGCCACCCGAAUCAGACCCAGGUAGCGAAGUUCGUCGACGAGAACUUCUCGUCCUCGAACGAGCUUGUGAAUUGGACGUUGCCGGAUUGGACGGACGAGCCGAAGAUCUUGCGCGUCAUCCAGGACCCGAAUUAUCGUGAAUGGGUGAGGCAUCUUAACACCAUUUGGAAGUCUCUGGCCAGGAAGAUCAGCGACGACGUGGCCAAGUAUCCUCAGAGACACAGUUUGAUUUACGUGAAGAACGGAUUUAUCAUUCCUGGUGGUCGGUUCAAAGAGUUUUACUACUGGGACAGUUACUGGGUGAUCGAGGGCCUGUUAUUAUCCGACAUGUAUCAAACUGCCAAAGGGAUGAUAGACAAUUUCGUGUACAUGGUGGAGAAAUAUGGAUUCAUACCGAACGGAGGCAGAAUUUAUUACCUCAUGAGGAGUCAGCCGCCCCUGUUACAUCUCAUGGUCUCCAAGUACCUGGACUUCACGCAUGACUACAACUACCUGCGAUCAAUCAUAUCCGUGCUGGAGGACGAAUUCGCUUUCUGGCAGAACGAGAAAAUGGUGAACGUGAAGGUGAACGGGAAAACGUACAAGCUCGGCCAUUACUUCGUUCGCAGCAAUGGACCGAGACCGGAGAGUUACAAGGAGGACUACAAUUUGGCGCAACAAGUGCCCGCGGAGUCGCGGGAGUUCUUUUAUAACAAUAUAAAAGCCUGCGCCGAAAGUGGCUGGGACUUUUCUUACAGAUGGUCAUACGGCAGUAUCGAAAACGGAACAGCGGGUUUGCUGAACGUCUCGGCGGAGACUAUUAUACCUGUGGACCUGAACGCGAUACUGCAACAAAACGCACGGCUCUUGAGCGAGUUUCAUCAGAUUCUCGGGAAUUAUAGGAAAAGUGCAUCUUACGAGAAAAUAGCGGCGCAACUGCAGCUAGCGAUCGACAACGUCCUGUGGAACGAGGAGGAGGGCGUUUGGUUGGACUACGAUCUGAAGAACGGACGUCCCAGAAAGUCAUUCUACCCGUCGAACCUCGCGCCGUUGUAUACGAUGAGCUACAAUCCGCAGUUGCGCGAAAAGUACGCGCUGAAGGCCGUGGAUUAUCUAAGAUCGCAAAAGAUCGAUGAUUACUUCGGUGGCACACCCGCCUCUCUAGAUUACACGGGAGAACAAUGGGACUUCCCCAAUGCGUGGCCGCCAUUGCAGUCGUUCAUUGUGCAGGGUCUGUACUGGACUGGCGUGGAAGAAGCGGUAGACUUUUCUAUGGAGCUGGCGGAUAGAUGGCUCGCAUCGAAUUAUAUCGGCUUCGUGGAGACUGGGGCCAUGUUUGAGAAGUACGACACAAGAACUCCCGGCCGUGGCGGCGGCGGCGGAGAGUACAACGUUCAGACGGGCUUCGGUUGGUCGAACGGCGUGAUCUUCGAGUUCCUUCAUACUUACCCCGAACUGCGGUAUGAGAACAAGACGUUCUUCAAAUAGUAGCAGGUUUUAUUGACGGCUAUGCAACGCGUAUUUUCCAACGAAUCUAGUCUAUACGGAAAACAGGGCAACGCGUUUUAUAAAACCCACCGUCACAGGUCCAAUGCGAGUCGAUCUAUAUCAUAAGGAAAUUACUGUGCCUCGAUGUGUCUACGAAUUGUGGUCGUCUGUUCGGUGAAUCGGGAUUCUUGUCUGCGUUAAUGUAGGUACAGGUAUUUCUCCGCUAUCAUUAAUCGCUUACAAGCCGUCGAUUAUCAUGUACAAGAUCUUUUCGAGGUCUCUGCAUUCAUGCCGACUGUGUUAAGUGCCUAUUGUCUGACUUUCGACAACUGUGUUCAUCACUUGCCGAUAAUCGACUAAAUUACGAAAGAGGAGCAUACUUGUUCGAUUAAAAAUUAAACGGUCGCUGCGUUAUCUUCUGCCAGCUUUUCUCCGAUGAUUAGAAUAAUUCUCUGAUAUUAGAAUAAUCAAAUCUCUUGAAAUUUGUACUUAAUAUUAUAAGCUAUUCAAAAACAACAAGGCCUUUUAAGCGUUAGAUAGAUUGCUAAUGGCGUAGGUAGAAAUAAUUUUAGAGAAAUUGUAAAACCUAAGUGAUGAAUUGUAAGUGACUCUCGAGUUGUCCAUUCGUCAACGCGAUUAACUUCGUAAAGUAGAUGAUAGAGAAAAUCGAUGGAAUAUAAUUUAAAUAUCAACCGAUCACUUUGGCGCUAAUAUCCAGGGGUAUUAAAAAAGUUGUCACGCAACGGAUUCCAACGCAGGCUUCAACUUUCGUGCAAUAUUCAAAUUAAUUUACUGAAAAACAUACGCACGCCACGAUCAAGUACAAACUUUAACAACGAAAUUAUUAUCAACGUGUCAACGCUACAAUCAUUGAAAUUCUUUCCAUUUCCGUUUGCCAUAGUAGCGUAAGUUCAUUGUGGUCCAUUCCAUAGUUGAUUUCCGUAGAAAUGUUGAAUUAUACAUUCCUCGUAUAUAGAAAACUGUGAAGGAAGUAUACGGCAAUUUUGUUGCGCACUUUUUUAACGUAGUCGAAGGAACAUUGAGAGAUCGAGUUGCAAAUGGAUCGCGAAUCGACGAACGUCCAAUCGUUCGGUCGAAUUCAACGCGGUACACGUUGAUGUACGAGCAGCGAGCACAAAGUAUAAUUUUCGCGUGUAACUCGUCAGUAUUGUAAUUUUAAUAGCUAGUUGUUAAACGGUGUGUCGGCGCGAUCUUUUUCGCACGUUCCCGGUGGUUCUGCAGGAAAAAAACGGCCUCCGACGUUCCCCCGUGUUCCCGGGGGAAUUGUCACGGUGUUGAGUGUGAAAAUAUAUAUAGGGAGAGAAUGUUGUUAAAGAAAUCAAUAUAUAUUAUGUAUAUUUUUAUUAUACUGUUAACGUGAAUUCGACAAGAAUAGCUAAGGAAAAACCGUGUGUGUAUUACAAAUAAAGAAGAGGGUAUUUUAUGAUGGUUAAAAAACCAUC